GUUAGGAUGCUGCACUGGAGGUCCAUGUUUACAGGCACAGGAGGGAGAUUUCUUCAUUCGGUGGACAGCUCUUGACUCUGACUAACAUUCACACACACACACACACACACACACACACUCGACUGAUCCGGAACAAGCUGGUGGUCAGCAGGACCAGUACCUGCUCACCCCACUGCUACCAUCUGCCCUGCCUGUCCGGCCAAGGUUCCCAUCGCUGCAGACGCCGCCACCGCCGCCGUCAUGUGCGACUGUUUCCACCUGGCUUUUCCCAACUGGCACGCUGCCUCCUCCGGGACCGGAGGUGGCCGACGGCUGAGAGGACCAGAGGCUGGUGCACAGGCUGAUUCAAUAUGUGACGAGCCAUCUCAGUUCACAGAGGGAGAGAGACCCCGACCUCAAGGAUCUUCCCCUGUGGAAGAGUAUCCUGAAACUGAAAAAUACACACACAGCGACAAGGAGGGUGAAGCAGAGUAUGACCCACAUUAUAAAAGUGGGAGUGGAAAGAAAAUCAGAAAACCUGGUCUUGGAUUCAGGUUUGACAAGCGUGCAACUCCAAAGAUGAGCAAACUAAAGGAGGUUCACAGCCCUGAGUCAGGAGUGAUUGUGAAAACAGCCAAAGAUGGAUGUGCAGAGGGUCUUGUUUAUGGUGGUGGGGGAAAAGAUGGGCUUUUCAUUAAGGAAGUGGUACCAGAGUCACCUGCAUCUAAAAGUCUGGAACUGAAAGAAGGUGAUCAGAUUCUGAGUGCCACUGUGUAUUUUGAUGACAUCCCAUACGAGGAUGCCAUUCAAAUUCUGGAACAUGCUCAGGCUUACAAAGUGAAGCUCUGCCUGAAACGCAGACCAGACAUCACAGAGACCGACCCAGCCCUAAAAUCUGAGGUCAUCAAUGAGGAAGAAUGUUUCUCUCCAGAGAUGAGGGAGCAAGGAAAAACCAAAAGGCGUGGUGAAGCCCGUAUUUCAUGGCCCAAAUUUCCCUCCUUGGGCCGAGGGCGGAAGUCCCACUUUACAAGAUCUCACAGCACAUCAGAGGCUGAUGAGCAGAGAAAGCUGGAGCUGAGCCCCACCACAAGUGACACAGAGUCCCCAAUAAAAUCUCAGGAUGCUCUCAAAGGCAAAAAGAGGCAUAAAAUGAAGCUUCCUGUUCUAUCAAAGAAAGGACAUAUAAGCUUAUCUGAAGACAAAGACACUGAUGCCACAGCUGGCCAGAUCAUUGGCGCAGACAUUCAUCAGACACAAGAGACAUCAGACAUGCAUUUGCCCGAGUGCUUUGAAAGCCCCUCGGGAAAAUCACCUGCACUCUAUGGGGCAAAGGGUGUAGCCACGGGAGAUGACACUGAUUUAAAACUUGACCAAAGUGAGGAUAAGUUAACUGAUAGUCAAACAGUUAAACACAAGAUGGAACUCAUAUGUAUAGACAGCACUUUGAAAACAGCAGAUCUAACUGUGGCUAUGGUAGCUCAGGAAAGCGCCUUCAGUGUUAAGUCCCCUGACAGGAAGAAAAAAAAGAAGAAAGAACGGUCUGAAUUGAAAAUGAAAAUUACAGGAAAAGCUAAAUCACCAAAGCAAGAUGCAAAAGCAAAAUCCUCUCCAAAACGACUGCAAGCCCUUGGGGCAAGUAUUGAAAUAGCAGAUCCAGCUCUCGAUGAAAAAUCAAGUGCUAUCCCAUACUUUGAGUCACACACAGAACUACAAGAUGGAAUACUGCUACAAGCCAGUGAGCCGCUGUUUAAAAGUGAGAGCUCAAGGAUAAGCUUACCCAAAUCAGUAAAAACACAGAAGGAAAUAAGUGCACCGAAAGUUGAACUUGAUAUCUCUGAUGCCACUUUUACAGAAAAAUCUCCACAUUAUGAACAGAACGAAAAGGAUUUCAAACAUAAAGUAGACACACAGACAGCUGUGAAAUAUAAACUGCCUAAAAUUGGAUUGACUGACAUUGUCACAGAUGACAUGAUCCAUGUUGAAGAAAGUAGUAUUAAAACAAAACAUCUUGAGACUGAUGCUGCAGAGUUUAGAGAAGAUCCUUAUGACAAACUGUCAAAAACCAACCUUUCCAAAGCACAUCUUCCCAAACGUGAAGACAUCGAGAUCCCAGGUAUGGAGGACGUGUCAAAAAGGAUUACAUCCCACAGAAUUAAAGUGCCUAAAGCAGUUUUUAUGGAAAACUCAGAGGAAAUUCAAACGGAAACUGUACAACUGUCAAUUGAUGUGGACAGUGUCAAAGAGGCAGUUUCAAAAUUACCUGGAUUUAAGUUGCCCAAAGUUGAUGGAUCUGGAGCACCUAUUCCAGAAGAAAUUACUGUAAUUGACGCCAAUGCACAAAGAAUAUCAGUGAAAACACCAUCUAAAGUUGUUGACUACCAAAAAAAGCAUGAAACACAUUUUGCACAGUUUGACAUGAAUGCCCCAGCAGUAAUCACAAAGACUUCAGUGAAACUGCCAAAGAGCUCACCUGUGGAUUUGACUUCACAUGAAUUCAUGAGUGAAGUCAGAGUAGAGGACAGCAUGCCCAAAAAGGAACACAAGUACAAGUCAAAACAAAGUCACCAAGGCAUUAGAACUGAGCUCAUUCCACAAGAUGAUAUAAUACCUGAAUGGGAAAGUACACAAGAAGUAUUUCACCGCCAGGCACAAGAAACACAUGCUGACACGAGGCAUACAGCCUUCGGUGCUGAUUUUCAUGUGACAAAACCUGACAUAAAAAUUCCAGUGCUCAAUGCAAAUCUUGCAAAAGUAGAAAUUUCUCUGAAAGAAAAAAAGAAGGCAGAACAAGAAAAGACAGAAACAAUUAAGGAAAAAAGAUGUGAAGAAAAAAAUGCUGAAACUGAAGAAAAGGGAAAAAGGUUCAAACUGCCAAGAAUUGGGCUGUCUCUUUCUGAUGUGAAAGAGGAGGAAAUUUCUGCAUAUUUAAAUAAAAAUGAAGAAAUAAAUCAGGCACAGAAUAAAAGUGAAAUAAAUAUUCCAAAUGUUGAAUUAAAACAGCCUUUGGGUAAAACAGAAGCAAAAGUAACAGAGAUUGAUUCUCAAGCUGGGCUGCAUGAUACAACAAUCAAACUACCGAAAUUUGGAGCAACUUAUCCAGAUACGAGGGCAGAUAUAAAUACUCUGGAUAAGGAUGUACACAUUCACAAAGACAAGAAAAUAUCAAGAGAGAAGGCCACAAUGAACAUUAGAGCAGAUGCAUUUGAAACUGAUGUUGGCAUCUCCAAGACAAAAAUAAAAGAACCAAAAAUUGAUUUUGGUAUUUCAAGUGAAGAUGUAAUCCUUACAGAAGCACAGACUGAGGUAAAACUACCAUUUGCCCCUGAGGUUGCAGUUAAUCUUCAAAAGGCUAAGGAAAAGCCAUCAGAAUUAGAAAUAAGACACCUGCAAACAGAUGGUAAAGAAAGCAAAUUUAAAAUGCCAAAGUUUGGAAUUACAAUGCCAAAAGGGAAAGGACCUGAAAUUGAUUUAAGUUUGUCAAAGAAAGAUGGAGAUGUCACGUUACCAGAAGCUGAAGCUGAGCUCAGUCUUCCUGAAGCCCCCAAAAUUGACGUGGAUAUCAAAGCACCCAAGGUGGAAACAGAAACAGAUGUGCAAGAAAGCAAAUUUAAAAUGCCAAAGUUUGGAAUUACAAUGUCAAAAGUGAAAGGACCUGAAAUUGAUCUAAGUUUGUCAAAGAAAGAAGCAGAUGUCACAUUACCAGAAGCUGAAAUGGAAAGUGAGGCCAAAGUGGAAGGGACAUCAGCAAAAGUGACAUUGUCUUCAUUUGGAGAAAUCCUCAAGAAUAUUGAUGUUGAAUUUGAUGUACCAAUAAAAGACAAAGAGGAAGACAACCUGGAAAUCACAAAGGCGGUUCGUGAGACAGAUCAAAUGAAUAUCUUCCCCAGUGCUGAAGUUCAUCAUGUCCAAAGAGAAUAUGAGCUAAAAGAAUUGAAAAGCAAGUCAAAAUUAAAAUUUCCCAGUCUUGGGUUUGAUGAGUCAGUUGAGGAAACCAAGACUGUAGCGAGCACAGAUGUGGCAAAAACAAGUGAAAAGUUGUCAGAGACAAAAGAAAAUGAAAAAAGUACCUACCAAGAUACUAUCAAAAGUCCUGAGAAGGCUGGUUGGUUUAAAUUCCUCAAAUUUGGACUGUCCUCGCCAACAGAACUAACCAAAACCUCUGAAAAAGACAAGCACAUGGGUGAAAAGAGCACAGUGAGCGAAACAGUGUAUGAGGAAAUCAGCCCAACCUUCUCUGUCCAAUCUUCUGACGCCUUUGCAGAUGUUAGCUCUGCAAUGACAAGUGAAACUGUUGGUCUGUCUUUAUCCUCUCCAACUAAGGUAACUGUUAAGUACUCUGAUCCAAGUACUGAUGUGGGGUUAGGAGAGAUGCAUAGUAAUGUCAUCACUUCCACCACAAGGACUGAGGAGAUUUCCAUUGAACCCAGUUUGCCUGAGAAAAUCACCAUUAUGUCAUCUGGAGUAUCAUCUUCAUCAGAAGAUACACUGAAACUGGAAUCUAGAAAAAUGCAUGUCAUCACAUCAAAUAUACAAGACCCAGAAACACAGCAUGCCAAGCUACUAACUGCAGUCGAAAUCCAGUCAGUCACCGAUCUGCCUCUAAAAACACAGGCCAGUGAAUCUGAAGCACCACCUGCUGAGGCUCACAGACAGCAGAAAACGGUAUUUGAGAGGCACCUGGUGCAGAAGAUGAGUUCCAAAGAAGAAACAGUGGUUAUAACUAAACAAAUUACACGUGUGUUUGGUAUAGAUUCCAAUGAACCCAUCUCGGAUGAGACUGCUCGACAACUGAAAGACUCUGUGUACUCUGAGAAAAUGAAGUUUUUUGAUGGCAAUGACAAGUGAGAUGCAUUCUUCAGUUAUUGAGCUAUUGGUAGGUUUAACAACUAGUUGGUUACUGAGAUCAUCUUUUGGUAGCCGGAUGCUGGGAAAUGUUACCUUCAUUCUACAGCUGCAUGUAAAAGAGAUGGAUUGGAUUUGUAUAACUAAGCUGAACGUGAUCAAGUUGUUGAUAAAAUGUGCAACUGAGUGGCCUAAUAGUAAAUUAUGUCAAGGCCUAAAGCAAUGCAUAUGGUACAGAACAAAAAGCUUCAGAAUCAUUUCAUUGUUUUAAAAAUUGACAUCUUUUUACUUUGUCAGAUUUUAAUCACCUAUGCACUUGACUGAAUAAGACUGAUGUGGGUUGGGUCACAAGAAAAUAAUGUGGAAAUCAAUGAAACAUUCCAAAAUAUGUUUACAGUACUGUAAAGGUGGCAGCACAACUCCUACAUACUGUAAACACCAUAUAACGGAAAUGUAUACUGUAUGUAUCACCAGAGAUACUUAUUGAAAGUAAGUUCCUUGGCUUCUCCCUUUUUGUUUGGGGCCGCUACAGCAGAUCUGAAUCUGCAUGUUGAUUUGGCACAGAUUUUAUGCUGGAUGCCCUUCCAGUGCAACUUCAUAUGACAUGGAGAAUGGACAGAGGUGGUUUGAACCAGAUAGUGCAAUAUCCACUUGGCCAACAAACCAUUCCACCAAGAUAUAGUACUUACCAAGAUAUACUAAUUGCUGUAGCUAAGAUGUAAAGAACAAUAGCAUCGCAAUGCUGAAAUUGCUUAUGAAGCAAACUGUGUUGUUGCAACUAUAUUUUUCUUAAUACUUUGCUUAUUUUGCUACAAGAAAUCUAUGAACAGGACAUUAACUUUCAGUAUAACUGGAUAAGUGACCUGGCUGUGUAAAUAGCUUUAAAUAAUUUCUGGACUUUAUUUUUGAUUAUGCUAUUUGUAUUCUGCCUAUGAUGUAGGCUUCACUUCAAUGUGUUGCAAUUAUACCGCAAUAAAUAUGAUAAAUAAAUAUGAUUAUAUGCAA